GUUUGGCUGUUUUAGAGACAAGAAUAAUAAUACUUUGUUUAAUGAAAUUUCGAAACGUACGCUUAUCGUCUGAAGGAGUAUAAAGAGUGAUUCAUCGAGUAUUUCCUUCUCUUGUUAAGGAAACGCUUGUUAAUAUAUUCAAGAUGAGUUUGCAGUGGACAUUAGUUGCAGGGUUCUUGUAUGCGGAAAUGGCUGUUGUAGUUUUGUUAAUGCUGCCUUUCAUAUCGGCUACCAUGUGGCAGAAGUUCUUCAAAUCAAGAUUCUUGAAAAGUCUGGGUGCAUAUUCAAAUUUUUACUUUUCUGCAUUUUUUGUGAUACUGCUUUUGUUGUUUUUAGAUUCUUUGAGACAGAUGCAUAAAUAUUCUACUGCUAGGGACCAGGAGCAAGAUCAUGGCCACUUAGAUGCUGAACUGCAGCAAAGCAUGAAAAUGUUUAGAGCACAAAGAAAUUGUUAUAUUGCUGGCUUUGCUCUUUUCCUUGCCCCGGUCAUUCGUCGCAUUGCUUCGCUACUAUCGAGGCAAGCAGAAUUAAUUGCAAGUGCCGAAGCAUCUUUGAAACAAGCGAAAAGUGCCACCGAAGCUGCAGAAAAUCUUAUGAAGGAAAGAGAAAAAGCUAAUGGAAAAGAAGAAAAUGAAGAAAACAGGCUGAAGGAAAAGUACGAUAAUGAAAUAAAAACUUUACGAAGUGAACUGGAAAAGACAGAGAAAGAACUGGAAAAAGCAAAUAAAAACUUAGAGGCUUUACGAUCCCAAGCUGAAUCAACUAACAGAGAGUACGAUAGAUUAUCAGAAGAGUAUACCAAGCUGCAGAGAAAAUGUGAAAGAGAGGGAGGUGAUCAUGAAAAUAAGAAGGAGGAAUGAUUUGUGAUAAAAACUUAUUUUGUGCACUGAUGUUUGAAACAAUACUGCAGCAUCGAGAAUGUUUUUCAUUUGUGAGUUACCAUAAAGAAUUUUUGGAAGAUAAAAUGUGAGAGUAACAUGUUUGCAUCUAAUCUACAAGCUGUUAUAAAUGCGUACUUACAAAAAUUAAGAACUUCACUUCUUUGAUAUGCACUUAUCAUUCUUAUGAUAUGUACUUUGUGUGGUUUGUAUUUAUGUAAUUUAUAUUAACACUUUUGCAUUUGUGUACAGAUAAAAUAUUAACACAAUUAAACAUCCUAAUAAAUGAAAAUAUUGUUUUGUAUUAUCUAAAGCAUCCUCUGUAAAGCAUAUUUCAUAUAAUUUUUAAAAAUAAAAGAAAUGCUGUAGAAAAUAUAAGUUGAAAUCAAUAAAUUUUUUAUUUUUA